AUGCAGAAAAUGAUUCCACAGGCCAUUCAUUCCCCUGCUGCAAAAGCUACUGCGAUCGCCUUCUACCCGCCUUGCACGCAGCUCGCGGAAACUCCCUCCCUCGCCCUGCGAGUGGUCUCGGCAAGCAUCGCCAGGCGUCGAUUGCGCAACAGCACUUGCAUGUUGCGAACGUUAGCCUGGCGCGCCGGGCUGUGUGGAAGUGGUGGCAAUAAUCGUCGACCGGGUGUUGGUGUCGAUGAUGUGAUUUCAUGGGGCACAAGCCCCUAG